AUGAAGGUUCCUUGGUACAUGGAAGAACCGAAGAACCCUGUCCCAACUCUAGACAAGGAUGCGAGAAUCGAGCUCCUGCACAAGGAAAACGCGUUCCUGCUCUCUCAGAUCCGAGCCUUGGAGUCAACGCUAUUGCACCACUACUUGUUCUCGCAGCAGAAGAUGUCGGUGAUCCUUGAGUUGCUGGAGCAGCUGAGCGACGCUCUCUUGCGGAAGAUGUUCCUCAGCAGAGAAUGUUGUGAUCGCGAUGAACAGAAAGGAAUGUCCGACCUGAGCUUUGACACGGGGGUUGAGACUGAACGUACUCCUUCUCCUGCCGCGCUCCUUCUUCAACCGUCUCCCUAUCCCUUUGACAUGAUGGUAGCCACCAAGCAGCACGCACUGACGGACGGCAAGGACUCUCAACUUAGGAUGAUACGCUCCUUGGCACAAGACAUCUGUUGCGAGCUGAAAACGAUAACAUGCUUGUCAUCAGAACUUCAGGUGGCGUCAGAAGAGCAGUCAGAGCAAGCAGCACCCUUCGGAAGAAGCAGCUCGCGCGACAUGUUGGAGCUGUCAACGAGCUGCAGCGACAGUCAGCUUCAAGCAAGGUUCAUGGCAAAGCUCGCUGAGGCAGUUCCAGCUCGGUACCGCGAGCGGCUCAGCAUGGAGGCCUGGGAAGCUGCGAGGAUCGCAGAUGAGCAGGGGGAGGAUGAAACGGCUACUUGCAACGUCUUGUCAAGUGACGAGCCGGUUGACAGCUGCGAUGAGGCAAGCCCGCGAUCCUCGUCGAAACGUCACGCGAGGGCAGACGGAAAUCCGAACCGACUUGACAGGCUACGACGAUCGUCGGAGUCCCGAACAUCUGUCGAUCAACCAUCAGUCGUGUCGAGGUUACAAUCUCCUCAGAGAGCGAGCCCGUCAAACUUGCAGAAGAAUUCGCCGAGAAGGAAGCUCGUGUCCGGAGAUGAAGCUGACAUGUAUCAAGGGAGAAGAGGAGGAAGAGACCCGAGGGGUUCUUCGACCUCAGCAGCUCCUGUGCGAGGAAGGGAAGAGCAGGAGGCUAGAAGUUGUCUGAUGCUCUGCGAGAAGGCCAACAAACGGGAGGCGGAGGACAUCCUGUGUGAGGCCCUGAAGCUGAACCCCAAUCAUCCUGCUGUGCUGCUCGCCUUCGCCGACCUCCUUGCUGCCCGCUAUGGCGACAAGCGACAAGCGGACAUCCUUCACCUGCGGGAAACAGCGAUGCAGCUGCAAGCUCCUCCUCCUCCCAGCCCGAGCGAAAAAGGAAAUCACCCACUCCUCGGAGGUGAGACAAGGGUUGGAGUGAAGGGGAGGGGAAGGGACGGGUGA